AUGUCUACCCACGCAUCUGAGAGCGCCCUUCUGAAGGUCUGCCAUGCCGUUACCGAGAUCCACUACGCGAUGCCACACCGCCCCGACCCAACCACCACACCAGCGGAGAAAAUCAAGGAGUGGGAGGACAACUUUUACAAGACCCUCAACAUCGUCUACGACUACCAGGACGAGUUCAAAUCCAAUGUUUGGCCGCGCUACACCCUUGGCGCCUUUUAUGAGUUCGAAAAGGCCCGACGCAUCAAAGGAUACAGGGCCUCGCCAUUCAAGGUGGUCCGCAUUGCCGACACCGAGGAAGCCAAUCGUGCCGGCUAUGGCUUCGACUUGGAGAUGGUCGGUAAUGACCGCGGUGAGAUCCACCUCGUUCGGAAGAGGACGUCAAUCAGUGGUACUACCGCAAAGGCGGCCACAACAAACCACGAACAUGCCACCGGCGACGGUUCUGACAAGUCGCCCGCUUUUGGUGCGACGACUGCCGGCACCACCCAGACUACCGGCGGUGCGAACACCGGUACUGUGAAGACUUCCGGCAUUGCGAGGACUGCCGGUACGUCUAAGACUUCCGGCAGCGCGAAGACCGCUAGCACUCCGAAGAAGGCUGGCACCAUCACCGUGCCCCCGGUGGUGAAAGGCACUGCGAAGGCUGACAACGGCCGUCAGGCCACCAAACGUGACAAGGGAAAGGGUCGCGCAACUGUGGAGGCGACCACCGACGUAGACGACGACAAUUCCGAUGAGGACGUCAGUGAGAAAGGUGAAGGGGAGCCUUUGAAAGAGGUACGAAAGACACGCUCGGCCGCCAAGAAGGCGGUGUCUUUCGUCACCCCCACCACGCCACCCGUGUCCAAGAGAAGGCGGGCCUCAUCGGUGGCCCCGGAGCCGCCCAAGAAGACGGCGUUGACGCCGAAGAAGAGGGCGAGGAGUCGUGACCCGAAGCGGACUGCUGGGACGACUACCGAUGAUGGCGAGAAGAGGGUGUCCGGCAGUGGUGGGGACAAGACCCCCAAGAAGGCAGUCAGGCGAGUAAAUCGACCCGCUCACCCUGACCAUGUCGCCCCCGAGAAGAACUUCGAGCCAUUCCCCAACCGCAAAGGCCGCAUCCCGAUUUACGUGAUUCAAAAGAACGGGCCCAAUGCGCACCUCCGGUGUGAGCGGUGCAAGACCGGUGGUACCGACUGCCGGAUAUUCAUCUUCGAUGGGUCAUACUGCCAUGGGUGCCGCGUCAAGAAAGCGGCCUGUGACCUCUCGCCCAUCGGGCACGGUAAACUUGGUGCCGCGUCAUACCGCUCAUACCGGGCCUUCGUGCAGUUGGCAAACCCGGCGAUGUAUCCUGACCCGGUAAUGCUCUCCCGUCUCUUGUUAGGUCUCCAGGACUCGGGGCUCGUCGACUGGUACUUCGACUGCGACCCGAAGUACCACCUCGAUUUGCACGUGGAGGAAUGGAAGACCCCGAUUCAGAGGGUCGCUGGUGACGAGGAGGUGAAUCCGGAUUCCGAGGACUACCCAAAACCUCGCAGGACAAGAAGGUCCGGCAGGGCUGUAAAGCCGGAUGUUACCGCGGCGCGUCAACAAGGCAACGAGAGCGACGAAGACGAUGCAAGCAACAACGACAACGACAAUAGCGACGACGAAGACGGUCACCGUAACUCUUCGGAGCCACCGGCCAAGAAGAGGCGCAUAAGUGGACGGGCUAAGUCACUUCUCCAAACGCAGCCCCGGAUCCGUCCACCUUCGCCGGCAUUGGACCCCCGGAACCUGCCGCCUCCCCCUCCUGGUUUCAACUUCCUAAACAUUCCGUUGACGACUCGCAUUCCAGUCGAUCCUAUGCACGAUUUCCGCCCAGACCCCCACGCACCUCUUCCCGACAUUCACGCGACCAUGCGAGCGAUGCAACAGCAGAUGGGUGAGAUGGCGCAACAAAUUGCAACCCUCAAUGCCGCCGUCUUCAAUGCUCAAAACCAGACUGGAUUCCAAGGCGGCCCUUCGUCUGGCCCCCAAUACCGAGCAUUCCCUGGUCACGGAGGUGACGCUUACGGUAAUAACGCGGGCCAGGGUUACUACAACCCACAAGCUCCGAUCGCCGGCCCUUCAGGGCACAGUCACCACUACAUCCCCCAUGAGGUGUUGCAGUCCGCUUCCCCUGCCGAUCCUUUGCAGCGCGUCGAUCCUCCGUUGAACAUGGACUGGUCUCGGAUUCCAAUGCCGAUCGGGGUUGCAAAUGCCGAGUCCACUGCCAGGGGAAGCGGAAGCGUCGGGAACAACACCCUCGGGUCGUUACCGCAGACGGUAGUGUCCCCGGUAGUGAUGGGCCACUCCCGCUGCCAAUCCCUCCCGGUAUUGCCUCCUACGACCGACGCAUCUGCCCCAACCACUGCCGAGCCACAGCUCACGGCACCCGUCACCGACUCCACCCCUGAUGCCACUCAGCGCACCGUCUCCCCCUCCCCUCGUACUCCUGCCGCCACUAUUGCUGUCCAUAUCAGUACCGCAGGCACGCCCUCCGCUCUUCAGGGGGACGAGGAGAUGGACGAUUCGAUCGACGGAACGGCAAUGGUUGGUAAUACCGACGGCGACAAGGCUCAGGAUCGCGAUGGCACAACAACGCAAGCCGCUGACGCCUCCACUGCUGAUGAUGCCCAGGCCGCCGCCUCUAAGGAUGGCAACGACGUUGUCGACGGCCCAGAGGACACAGACCCUGACGCGGAAGGCGACCCCGACACCGACACCAGCCGGGAACAGCGCGAGGAGGCGGGGUCCAUUGGCAAAGGGUUCGAUACAAGUGGCGAUGCCGAUAGCUCGGUACUGGCCGGUAAUGACUCGGAAAUGGGCAAGGUGAACUUACCCAACGGCACCGCAGAGGGACAGGACAUGGACACAUCUGAAUGA